AUGAAUCAACGAACAACUGCCGCAGUUCGAACACCAGCCGGAUGUACAACACCGUUUGAAGUGGUAACUGGAGUAAGACAAGGGGCAGUGGCAGGACCCUUCGUGUUCAAUUUCGCCAUUGACGACAUUAUGCGAAGAACAGUCAACCAGUAUCCUGCCGAAAUUGUCUUAGCACCGUCUGGGUGCUCCUUGACUGACCUCGAGUACGCCGACGGUGUUGUUAUAUUCGCGGAAAACAGUACGAAACUUCAACACGUUGUCAACCUUGUAUCGAAGCUGGCUGCAGCCUAUGGACUACGUCUACGCCCUGAUAAAUGCAAGCAGAUGUGGAUCUCUUCGCGACCUCGCACGGGAAUCAGGGUGGACGGACAACCGAUAGAACUCGUCGAUGACUUCUGUUACCUGGGCUGUACGCUGAAGAACAACUCUCUGCUACGAGAGAGAUGUUCAGCAAAGAUGCGUUAA